AUGCGGCAUUCCACAUAUCUAAAGGCCAUCCUUUCGGUCUCUGCCAGCAUAGCUGCUGCAUCUCCUUCAGCCCAACAAUGGGCCGAGAGGUCGAUCUAUCAAGUGAUGACGGACCGUUUUGCCAGACCGGCUGGUUCUUCAAAUGAGCCCUGUGAUCCCUACAAAUACUGUGGAGGCUCAUGGGCCGGGAUCAUUGACAAGCUGGACUAUAUUCAAAAUCUCGGUUUCACGGCUGUUCAAAUCUCGCCAGUCGUGGAGAACAUCCCUGAAGAUACUACGUACGGAGAGGCAUACCAUGGACGUUGGCCGCAAAACCUGUAUGCUCUGAAUGAGCACUUCGGGACUGCAGACGAACUCCGCAAACUGGCCAAAGAGCUACACAAGCGAGGAAUGUAUUUCAUGGUGGAUGUCACCAUCAACAACAUGGCACAAGCCUUUGACCGCUCGGUUUCUGGAAACGAAAAGCCUGCUCUCGACUGGUCACGACUCGCUCCCUUUAACGACGAGCAGUACUAUCACCCGUACUGCAAGGUCGCGAAUUCAAAUGAUCCGGAGACUGCUGAAAAGUGCUGGCUUGAUCUCGAAGUCGUUGCUCUCCCUGACCUCAACACCGAGAACGAAAAGGUUGCUUCCAUGAUCCAAGAAUGGGCGAAGGGAUUAAUUGGCAACUACUCGAUUGAUGGUCUCCGUGUUGAUUCUGCAAGAAAUAUGAACGAUGCCUACUUGACUAGUUUCAGCCGGGCGGCCGGUGUGUUCACUAUGGGAGAAGUCGACCCCGAGAGUACAGGCGCCGCCUGCAAAUACGAGGACUUUAUAUCCGGUCUCUUGAACCGCCCUCUUCACGAGCCCAUUGUGCAGGCUUUUACUACAGGAGACAUGCGGGGACUUGCCGAGGAGGUUCGGGCUCAACACAGCAAAUGCCGUGACUUCACUCGACUGGCGACGUACACGGAGAGCCAAGAUCUCCCACGAUUUGCGGCCCUGACCAGUGAUACAAAUCUCGCUAAAAACGCAAUGGCUUUCAACAUCCUAUCUGACGGCAUACCUAUUGUCUACCAAGGUCAAGAGCAGCACCUGCAAGGCCCAGAGGCCCCCUACAACCGCGAGCCACUCUGGAAGACCGGCUACAACUCACGCAACCCACUCUACAACACAACAAGAACCCUCAACAAGCUCCGCAACCACGCCAUCCGCCUCGACAGACACUACGCAGCCAACCACAGCCAAGAGCUAUAUCUCGAUGGAUCCACCUACGUCACACGGAAGGGCGCAGAGGGCUCCCAGAUUGUAUCUGUCUUCUCUAACCUGGGCGCCAAGGGUGGCCGGUACAAUCUCUCAGUCCCGGGGGCUUUCGCCCCGGGCACGGAAGCAGUGGAUGUUCUGAGCUGCGAGAAAGUGACUGCCGAUUAUGAGGGCAAGAUCAUCGUUGAGAUGAAUACUGGAAAGCCCAAGGCCUUCUUUCCAGUUAAGAAGAUGAAUGGCUCUGGGCUGUGUGGAUACCAGAGACGCAAGAACGCUGUGUGCACGCCUGCAAGCACCCCGUCUGUUACUACUACACCUAUUACCACGCCUACUACUACGUCUACGGUGACGAAUGACCAGACUGUGGGUGAGGAUACACCAAACGACUAUGUCUCGUCUGCGAGUGACUCUACGGUGCCUUAUAUCACGGCCCUUCUGUGUGCUUUUGCUGGAGUUGCAAAUUUGCUUCUUUAA